UACGAAUACAGUUUAAAAUAGAAGGUUAGAAACAAAAACCUGUGUUAUACCUAUUUUUAAGCGUCGGAUUUCGAACGAAUUUCCGGAUCUAUUAGUUUAAUCGUUUUUUAAUUGUAAAAUUUUUAAAAUUAAGAGUGAAAAUUUAUAUUUUAUAGCUUAUUAUAAUAUUAUUACAACAGUAGCGUUUUUAUUCUAUAUUAAGUUUAAGUAUACUAUAUACAGUUUACUUUUAAGUGUAAAUGUUAUAGACACAUAAUGUUGAACAGGUACAUGUCAAAUAAUUCCUAAUGGACAAGUCGAUAACCCUUUGAAAUCGUUAUGAGUUAUAAUGAUUUAAUGUGUAAUGUCUAAUGUAUGACAUUACAACUGCGAUAUGCUUGCAUUGCGUUAAAAUCGUUUACAUCAUUUAGAUGUAUGUAUUAUGAACCUAGAAAAUUCGUAGUAAAAGUGAAAUAGUUAUAUUAUUGUUGGGUAUACAAUGUACAAAAGUAUAACAAUAAUAUAGAAUCACGCGAAGAUGGCCUUAAAAUUGUUUUGUUAUCACAGAAUUUUUUUUUUUUGGUCAUUAUACUCGUAAUUUAAUGUUUACAAUUACAAUACGAAAGCAACGAACGAGUUUCCUGAACCGUAUAUUGUAUUGUUUCUCGUUUCAAAAAUUAAACAGUUCUCCAUCACCGUGUUUCCGUUUAUAUUUUAAACACUAAUGUAGUGUUUACAAAACACAAUUCACGAGGAAGUCUUCUCGUCAUUUGCACGCCGUUUAUAAAUACUGCGGCACGAACGAAAACAAGCGCAUUCCCUUACAACGUGUGGUCCGAGUUCGUCAAGUAUCUAUAUACUCGUACGUAUUAUAUUAUUGUACAGCCCCUUUGUCUACAGCUGCUAAAAAACUGUAUCACCAUGAUGAUGGCGACGGCGACGAUGGUGUCAUUCGCAGUUUUACUCGGUUCGACCUCACUGUGUUUCGCCGAUCAAUCCGACGUCGGAAGUGUACAAAGAUCGGCGAUAUCGCCGGGCCAAAAACUUAACGAAAUGAUAAAUCAUGCGCCGCCGGCGGUUAAACCAGCACCGUUUCUCGGGUCAUCGAACGGCGCACAAUCGCUACCCUCGUCGACCCCAAAGACGCCAUGUAUUUGUGGUGUGUUUUUGAGUAGCCAAAUAACUAAAACUGGCAACAAACAGCCGACCGGAUAUGCGGCGCUGUUACACGAACAAGACGAACCAGCCCCGUGUAACACCUUGGGCGUGAAGACUUGCACCAACAAGUGUUUGGAAAUUAUCGCCAAACACUUGCCAAACAGUCCGGCUAUAAUCUGCGGUUCGGUCGAUCGUGACGUGUAUAAGGAACGGGCGCAUCUGUUCGUGAAAAACUGUAACGACUCGUGGAUUAACACGCUUUUGUCCACCGGCAAAGAGUUUUGUUGCAAAGAUGGACUGCAUUACAAAUGUCCUGCAAAAUAACAAUAAAAUGAACCGUGUCCCACGUGUAUAUAUAGUUAAACGUUAUGAAAUAAUAAUAUGUGUUAUUAUUUAUUUUAAUGUAUUUUUAUACGUUUUUUAUUAAAGAAAUAUUUAUCUUA